AUGCCGAGAGCGAGGUCCCGCGCCGGGCCGGCCGCCGGCUCUCCCCGCGGGGCCGGGGAGGGCGGAGAUGACGGCGGGGGCCUGCGGAAGGACACAUCUAACAUGUCAUUUGAGGAGCUGUUGGAACUGCAGAGCCAAGUGGGGACUAAGACAUACAAACAGUUGGUAGCUGGAAGCAGCACUAAGAAGCAAGGCUCUAGACCAGCUGUCCAAAAUGCAUGUGUUGCGGAUAAGCAUAGGCCUCUGGAAAUGUCAGCCAAGGUGCGGGUGCCGUUUUUGCGUCAGGUCGUCCCCAUCAGUAAGAAGGUGGCCCGGGACCCCCGCUUUGACGAUUUGUCAGGGGAAUAUAAGCCUGAAGUGUUUGACAAAACGUAUCAAUUCCUGAAUGACAUCCGGGCCAAAGAGAAACAGCUUGUGAAAAAGCAGUUGAAGAAGCACCGUUCAGGGGAGAAGCAUGAGCAGCUGCAGCAGCUGCUUCAGCGAAUGGAGCAGCAAGAAAUGGCCCAGCAGGAACGAAAGCGGCAGCAGGAGCUGCGCCUGGCUCUGAAGCAGGAGCGGCGGGCUCAGGCCCAGCAGGGCCACCGUCCGUACUUCCUGAAGAAAUCUGAACAGCGCCAGUUGGUCCUAGCUGAGAAGUUCAAGGAGCUGAAACGCAGCAAGAAGCUAGACAGCUUCUUGAGUCGAAAAAGGCGCCGAAACGCAGGCAAGGACAGGCGACAUCUCCCUUUGAAUAAAGACUAG